AUGGCCACCCAGCCUAGAUCUACAAAGCGGAGCACCUGCUCUAAAGCACACAUGUUCCCUAUGGCAGUGUUUGACCAGCUAUGUGAAGACCUCAGGAAAGCCCUGCUAAGCCAAAGGGCAGCCCACCUAACGGUGGCCUUGUGGAUGAGACCAGCGGCGAGAUGCAAAUAUUAUAAGCAGGUAACCCGAGCAUCAAAGAUGGCCGUCAGGCAAAGCAGAUACCAGAGGGCCCUGAGAAAUACACCCUCCCACCCGCACACAAGCAACAAAGGGACAUUAAACAAGCGAAGCACACUACUACAGCGUCUGACCUCGAAUCCAGCUACUGACGCAGCACCAAGCACCUCUCCCCGACCAACUCUGCAACAAGAGCGGUUGCAAAGCUACACCUCAUGA